ACGAAGAAGAAGAAGUCAAGCUACGGGCAUACAUUCCCCUUCUUCUACAGCUCAGGAUAGACAUGUCCAGCAGGCUGGCAGUGUGGCAGCAGCUGGCUGAGAGCUGUGGUCUCAGUACAGUCCAACAGGGCCUGCAGCAGGUCUGGAGGCUGCUGCUCCUCUGCCUGAUCUGCAGACUCUGCUUCAGAUUGGGUGUUGCAUCCACUGUGAAACAUGUAGUGUCAGUGCUGGCUGGGAUGUAUGGCCUCUUCCUGUUCUUUGAGCUGCAUAUGCUGUGGGUGCUGUUGCUCAGUGUGCUCUGUUACCUCAUUCUGCUUCUUAGCCGACACUCCAGCAGCAGAGGCAUCUUCCUCUCAGCCGUCAUCCUCAUCUACCUCCUAAUUGGAGAGCUGCAUUUAAUCGACAUUGUGACCUGGCAUAAAAUAAGAGGGUCUCAGAUGGUGGUGGCCAUGAAGGCCAUCUCUCUAGCCUUUGACCUGGACAGAGGAGCAGUGGGCCCCCUCCCCUCCCUAGCUGAAUUCCUGGGCUAUACUCUCUUUGUGGGCACCGUUGUCUUUGGCCCUUGGAUCAGCUUCUCUAGUUAUAAAAACGCUGUUGAAGGAACAAAACUGAGCUGGUUGUGGCUGUACAGUUCCUCCCUGAGCCUCCUGAAGAGUCAGACCUGUCUGCUGGUCUCCACCUGCAUUGCCCCCUAUCUAUUCCCUUUGUUCAUCCCAAUACAUGGAAACUCAGUCACAGAGAAGUGGCUGCGUGCGUAUGAGAAUGCAGUAUCCUUCCACUUCAGUAACUACUUUGUGGGUCACCUCAGUGAAGGCACAAGCAUGCUUGCAGGAGCAGGCUUCACUGAAGAAAAAGAUCACAUCCGAUGGGAUAUGAGAGUGGUGAAACCUCUGAGUGUGGAAAUGCCUCGCUCCAUGGUGCUGGUAGUGACAUCCUGGAACUUCCCCAUGUCCAGAUGGCUGAAAACAUAUGUCUUUAAAAAUGCCAUGAAACUGGGAACUUUCCCAGCCAUCCUGGUGACAUACACAGCCAGCGCCUUACUGCAUGGUCUGAGUUUUCACCUCGGAGCUGUUCUUCUCUCUCUUGGAUUCAUCACAUAUGUUGAACAUGUCCUUAGAAAGAAGCUUGCAUGUACCUUCAGUGCCUGUAUCCUGUCCAGGCCCUGUGCCUCUGACUGCAGCCAUCGGCACAAAAAGGAAUAUUGGGUGAUGUUGCUGAAUCUUAUUUUCAGCUUGCUGGUCAUCUUCCAUCUCACUUAUCUGGGCUCCAUGUUUGAUCCUGGAGUAGAUGAACAGGAGGUAGAGGAGGGCUAUGCAGCCAGCCACACCAUCCAGAGGUGGUCUCAACUGAACUGGGCGAGCCACUGGGUUGUGUUCGCCAGCUGGGUCUUUUACCGUUUAAUUUAGAGAUGUUGUUGGAGCAAGUGAGAAGACUGGCAAGCACCACAAACUUGACUGUAAAAUCAGUCUGUCGCUGAAUAUCAGGAUGCUUUUUCUAAUGGUUUGAUGGUUUGAUCUGCUCGAAUGGGAAGAGCUGUGGGACAGGUGGAGUUGUGCAGAGUUGUUUCCCACAGAUGAUGCUUUGGAUAUGCAGGAGUUUGGAAACAAAACUCUUCUGACUUAUUUGGAAAUUUGACCUAUACAUUUUAAGGACAAAUCAACGUGAACUUAAAUGUAACAAUCGGAUGGUUUAGUUUCAAUGAAAAUAUGAAUGGAAGAGAAGAGGACACUACACAUAAGACCUCCUAACAGACCUGACAGACAUUCCCUUACUUUGGCUUUGAGACGGUUGUUUGGACACAGGUAUGGUAAAAUAUGUUUGGUCAGAACUACUAUGUAGAUACAGUAUUUCUGUUGUAAUGCUGGUUGACUUUGUCCAUGUCCAAAAACAUUUCAACAGUUCAGCGUUUUUAAGUGUAGAUAUAUGCAGAUUUUAGAAGGGUCCAUAACCUUCAAAUGUUUCUUGUUACAACUGUUUUUUGUUUUUUUACAGCUGAUGUUCUACUUUUUUAAAAUUUUAUUUUAUUAAAUGUUUCUGUCAUUGUAAACAA